AGCUAGGGUUUAGUGGAGCGUUCCUAUUUUUUCAGCAGCGCACUACGCUCUCAAGUCUCAAAGCUCAAAGCGUUCUUGUCGAUUUAGGGUUCUGAGUUCCGCCGCUGCUGUCAAGAUGAAGGCCAUCCUCUCUUCGGAAACGAUGGAUAUCCCAGAAGGCGUGAAGAUCAAGGUCCAUGCCAAGGUGAUUGAGGUCCAAGGACCGAGGGGCACGCUCGUCCGCGACUUCAAGCAUUUGAAUCUGGAUUUCCAGUUGAUCAAGGACGAAGAGACCGGGAAUCGAAAGCUGAAGGUUGAUUCUUGGUUCGGAACCAGGAAGACCAGCGCCUCUAUCCGCACCGCUCUCAGUCACGUCGAGAAUCUUAUCACCGGCGUCACCAAGGGAUACCGCUACAAGAUGCGGUUCGUGUAUGCCCAUUUCCCCAUCAACGCUUCCAUCACCAACACCAACAAAGCCAUCGAGAUCCGCAACUUCCUCGGCGAGAAGAGGGUAGUGAGGAAGGUGGAUAUGCUUGAUGGUGUUACUGUUAUCAGGUCUGAGAAGACUAAGGAUGAGUUGGUCUUGGAUGGCAAUGAUGUCGAGCUCGUUUCACGGUCUGCUGCUCUGAUUAACCAGAAAUGCCAUGUGAAGAACAAGGAUAUCAGGAAGUUUCUUGAUGGUAUCUAUGUUAGCGAGAAAGGCACGAUUGUCGAGGAGGAAUGAGUAGCUCUGCAUUUUGAAUUUCAGUUCUGCGGCACCCUGUUUGGUAGUUUAUGAACAAUGUUGAUGCCAUCUUAAGGCGGUUUUGGACAAGUUGUUUGUGUUACCAAAGUUUGACAAAUCGGUUUGGAUAUUUGGCAAUAUAUGUUAAUCUUGGUGGUUUGCAUAUUUUGGUGAUAUGGUCGGCUUUUGCUUGUCCUGAUGGCCUAAGGUCAUUUUGCAGUAUUUUGAUUCUGCACAUCAUCCAUAUUCUGACAUAUAAUAGCUUACUUAAACUAGAAUCUUACAUCCCCACACCAACAGUACACACUAUUAUCUUUCCGGCCACGUCGAAGGGUAUCCCAGAA